GUUCAGUUCACAAGCUGGAGACAGGCAUCUAAGGGUAAGCGCCCAUUCUAUGAAUGUUCAACUUCUUUCUUAGAGAAAUUCUGAAUGUGUUAUUUAACCCUUGGCAAAGCUUGGUACAGAGGCUUCUUCUACACACUCUGAAGAAGGCAUAGUAGCCAAAACACGUACGUAUGUGGUUUUAAUUAUGCUUGUGGACAUGACAAGAUCAUAAAGCCAUUAACUUGCACCAAAAAAUGAUGAAGAGUGACAUAGUAUUUCUUCAAAUAUGAACAUUUGAUCAUGAAUAAUCCAAAGACCACCUUCCAAAUGUUUGUACACCUGUUUUCACCCAGGCAGCACCCUCUGCCUCUAAUUCAAUGAUCGAUUUGUCGUGCCAUAAAAUGAAACUUCUUUUUUUCUUCUUCUUCUGUGCAUGUCAAGAAGUCAAUGCCAUGGUUCUGGAGAUUGUGUGGAGACUAUUGUCACCAGUGCAGUGGAGUCUGUGUCUUUUAUCCCUUCUCCUGCUUCUCAUAGUAUCAAUGUUAUUAUGUGCGAUCCGUUCAAAAAGGUAAUACUUCUUCCUGUAUUAUGACCCUUUAUGAGCAUUUUUUUUUGGUAUUGCUGACAUCCUGUCUGCAUUUUCCAUUAGUAGAAAGACAUCCAGGUUGUCAUUGGCUGAAAUGGGACCGAUCUCUGGUGAAAGGCCUCCAGAUUCAAUUGAGGUCACGACCUCAGAACUAAGGAAGAACAUCAUUGGACCAGCAUCCUCAAAAAGAAAGUCAACCCAGUCCCAAAGAGAACACAGAGGGUCUUUCCCAGGGCAGGAUACCCCAAGGCCGGUGAAGAAGGCUUUGAGGCAGUUGCCUCCCUUACCUGAGCUGGAGAAGAGCAGUGUCCGACGACACAGCAGCUACACUGGGUCCGUAGUGUACGACGUUGUGGCCACAGAGGUCUGUAAUCUAUGGCCCACUACAGACAGCCAGGCUUCUCAACAACAUACAGUAGACUGCAGCAACCACCUGGAGGAGGAAGAUGAAAAGGGGGAAAUUCCGUUCCCUGUCUAUGCCAAAGUCAACAAAACCAAAAUUUGCUCGAACUCAUCAAGACGUUCACCACUGUAUGCCAAAGUGAACAAGACUAGCUCCCGGACUGUGAAAUCGGAACUACUGUUCUGCAGUGACUGAUAUUAAGUUAACACUGUGACUUGAAAUGUCCUCCAAAUGCUAAAUACUCUACUAUGUUUUACGCCAAAAGCUUAUUUGAGAUAAAUGCUUCAAAUGCCAAUCUGAUUCAUGUAAACGGAUGACAAGUGUAAUCUAAUAGACAAGAGGAGUAAAAAGUAUCACUCACUCA